CGGCUAUCCAUCGCAUCAGCCUCCCAUAAGCAAGAUCCAAGGCCGAUUCAUGUCGCCCCUCGAACCGCGGCGUUAAUUAUCCACUGUCUGUUGCCUAUUGCUGUCCAUUCGCCAGCGACUCUCCACCCUAGUAGCCCACCAACUGGGUGUUGAACAAAGGCGCCAGCUUGUCACAGAUCGACUUGCGCGAUCCGACCCUCGAAUCCGUCUUCAGUCUUCUACAUGACAUAGAAGUGAGCUUUGCGAAGCUCUCCCCCCUAACAAUGUACCACCUUGCCAAAGGCCUCUAUAUGCUGGCAACAAGUAAAGAAGAAUACUCAGUCAUCCUCCUCGGUCUCGACAAUGCCGGCAAGACGACCUUCCACGAACAGGUCAAAUCCAUGUACCUCCCCAAUACGCCUGAACCGAAGCUCAAGACGGUUCCCACCGUCGGCCAGAACGUCUCGACCAUAACUCUGCCAGACAUGUACCUCAAGCUCUGGGACGUUGGCGGCCAGCACUCCCUGCGCAAGCUAUGGCAGAGCUACUACACCAGCUGCCACGCCAUCGUCUUCAUCAUCGACAGUACGGACAUCGGCGAUGGCGAUCUAGAGCACGAGAACACCGGCCGCUUGGACGAGUGCAGACUGGUGCUGGAAGACGUGCUGCAGCACUCAGAGACGGAAGGCGUGCCGCUAUUGAUAUUAGCGAACAAGCAAGACAGAGAGGACUGCGUCGAGACGAUCCGCAUCAAGGAGGGACUUGUGAAGCGGGUCAUGGAAGGCGAGAAGGGCAGCGCCAUCCGCGACUCGCGGGUGCUUGCCAUGAGUGCGCUAACGGGUGACGGCGUGAGAGAAGCAAUCGAUUGGGUACGAUCGAGGGUCCAGUGGAAUAAGGAAUCGAGACCACCUGUCAUGAGGUAGCGAACGGGUGUUACUUUGCGAUGCACACAGCAUGGAGAAAGGGGGAGGGGAAUCGGACGAUGUGACCUUACAGACAGACAACGAAGUUGUAUUUUGCGUGAGGCGUGGCGAGGCGUUUUUGGUUGGAUAGAAGCUGGGUCAUGUUCUGCUUUUUAUAUCUGGUUGUCAUCAUAUCAUGGCGAAAGCUGGGCACAUUCAUCAGCGAAAAACUUUUUUCGGGGUAUCAUGCAUUUUGUUUUGCCGUUUUUUUUGUUUCUAUUCUUAACGUAUAAUAUAUAGAUCAUAUUAUUGCCCAUUUUGGG